UCCUCACAUUCUCUUCACACAGAAGCACCACCCCACGGCCUGGGGGCCACCCAUUUCUGUCUGUCCAAACCAAAACUGAAGAAGCUAAAAGAUCAGUAGUAUAUAUACACACAUUUGCAAGAUCCCAAUUCCCCCAGCUGUUAAUCUUCACACGUUACCCCACAAGAUCCAAACUUCACUCUCUCACGCUCUCAAUCUCUCUGAUGGGUUUCCCAGCCAACGGUGCGUCGGCCACGGACAAGCCACUCAAGUUCCUGAUCUAUGGGCGGACGGGCUGGAUAGGCGGCGUGCUGGGGCGGCUCUGCCAGGCGCAGAGCAUAGACUUCGCGUACGCCUCGGGCCGCCUCGAGGACCGCGCGUCGCUCGUUGCCGACUUGGCGGCCGUGAAGCCCACCCACGUCUUCAAUGCCGCGGGGGUCACCGGCCGGCCCAACGUGGACUGGUGCGAGUCCCACAAGGUCGAGACCAUCCGGACCAACGUGGUCGGGACUCUGACCUUGGCCGACGUGUGCAGAGAGAAAGGCCUGGUCUUGAUCAACUUCGCCACCGGGUGUAUCUUCGAGUACGAUUCGGAUCACCCAGUUGGGUCGGGAAUCGGGUUCAAGGAGGAGGACACGCCCAACUUCGUCGGAUCUUUCUAUUCCAAGACCAAGGCCAUGGUGGAAGAUCUCCUCAAUAAUUAUGAAAACGUCUGUACCUUGCGCGUCAGAAUGCCCAUCUCGUCCGAUCUAUCAAACCCGCGCAACUUCAUCACAAAGAUCACUCGAUAUGAGAAGGUAGUUAACAUUCCAAACUCAAUGACAAUAUUGGAUGAACUCCUGCCAAUCUCCAUUGAGAUGGCAAAGAGAAAUCUCACUGGAAUCUGGAACUUCACAAACCCUGGCGUGGUCAGCCACAAUGAGAUAUUAGAGAUGUAUAGGGAAUACAUUGACCCCUACUUCACAUGGAAGAACUUUACUCUUGAGGAGCAGGCAAAGGUGAUCAUUGCCCCAAGAAGCAACAAUGAGCUUGAUGCAACCAAAUUGAAGCAGGAAUUUCCUGAACUCUUACCCAUCAAGGAGUCCCUCAUUAAGUAUGUAUUCAAACCAAAUCAAAAGACCACUGGGGCUUGAAAGUUUUAGGUUCGAAUUUCUCAGUUUCCCUAUUGCUAUUUGUUUUAUUCUGUUCGUUUGGGUUGAUGCGAUCUAUCCACCAUAUGACAUGCAUGAUUGCCCUCUUUGUAUUUGAAUGUUGUAUUUGUAUUUUGAUGAUGAAUAAAUUAGAUGGAAGUGAUUUUUCAAGGUA